AUGGGUCAAAAAGUUAAUCCUUUAAUUUUUCGUUCAAAAAAUUUUCCAUAUUAUAUUAAUAUAUGAAAUAAUUUUAAAUUAACUUAUAUUAAUAUAAAAUUUUUUUUAAAUCUACAAUUAUUUACUAAAAAUAAAAAACAAUUAAAUAUUUUAUAUAUACAAAAUAAAUAUUAUUAUAAUAAUUAUUAUAUUUAUAAUAUUAUAUUAUAUUCUAAAUUAAUAUAUUUAAAAAAUAAACAAUAUAUUAAUAAAUAUUUUAUAAAAUUUAUACAAAAAAAUUAUUUAAAGAAAAAUAAAUUUACAUUUAAUUUUGUAGUAUUAAAACAUCCUUUAAUAUCUACUUAUUUUAUUUUAAAAUAUUUAUAUAAUAAAAUAUUAUAUACUAAAAAUUCUUUAAGAAAAAUUAUUCCACAAAUUAUAUUAUUAAUUAAUAAAAAAUAUAAAAUUAAAGGAUUUAAAUGUAUAAUUUCUGGAAAAAUAAAUGGAUCUCAAAUGGCAAAAAUAGAAACAUUUAAAUUUAAUGAAAGUUCUUUACAAAAUAAAAUUUUAAAUGUAAAGUAUAAUUCUAUUGAUGUUAUUACUAAAUAUGGUUUAUUAGGUAUUAAAAUAUGAUUAUUUUUAAAUUAA